UAAUUUUGAAAUAUUCUUCAGCCUAAAUUGCCUCGUUACGAAGCGGCGAAAGAUGACAGCUGAAGCACAUGGUUUCCAUUUACAAUUGCAUUCAGAACUGUCAGUCAAAUUCAGUAAGGCACUCGUUGAUUGGUCAGUGCAAAGAAACCAUUUGAGUGCUUCUGUAAGCAGCUGUCUUCUCGAACCUACCGUUGUCAGAAAAAGAGGGCUCGCGGAUGUGAAAACACUAGUUUCGGGGACACAAAAAACGCUUUGUAAAAGUAAUCAUCGAACAAUUUCUACGUAAUGACCGCCAUGACGUUGCAUAGAGGACAGAUGGAGUAUAUUCAACCACCUCAGAACUCUCAGGAAAUCCAACCCUCUCCUCUGGCUCUGCUAGCUGCGACUUGUAGCAAGAUCGGACAAGGAUUUGAGGCCCCAAAUAACGUUCUUCAAGCGCCGAUAAACCAACUCGUAGCACACCAAGAGUUCGCGACCUCGUGGAGUUCCGAACAAGAUGCUUCGCCGCACGCGAACGAUGAUGUGUUCCAUUCGAGCACUGCGAACGUUCUCCAAGCUCAAAGUCACCCAAACUCCGGUUUAUAUACCUCCAUGAGCCAGGUGGAACAUAGCCAGAUGUAUUAUGCAGCCGUUACAACGAGUCCGGGAGUACAAAACGUGGGCACACUUUCACAACAAUCGCUCGCGACAAACAGCGAGGCAAGUGUAAACCUCUCUUAUGCGCCGGAAUACGAUUUAUCCAAAGCGGUCGAAGGCGCUUGGACGGCCAUAAAAUCGGACUCUGGGGAUUCAAGCGGUGGAAUCGGGGCGCAGUGGUGGCAAGGAAAGCCGUUAUCUUGGGCGAAAAGCACGAGCAGUCCUUCGCAUCAGUAUGUGAUGUCGCCCACAACGGUUGGGAAUAACGACGCAGGUAUGCCGAUGUUACAACAACAACCGCAGGAAGCAUCGUUGGAAAGUCCAUCACAAAAUCCUGCCUAUGUCCAAGUAACGAGAACACCACAAGGACAGAUUAUUUUAACGCAAGAAAGCUCAGAACCGAAUAAGUGGCUCUCUACCGCAGUAAACGCUGUAAAUGUAAUCUCGGCGCCAUCGAACGCCACAAACGGAAGCACAACUAUUCAAGUUCAAGUUCAGCCUGAAACCUCACAAGAAACACAAAAUGUCAACAUGAGCGAGGUAAACGUGAGCCCUACAAGUAAUCGGCGUCUUCGCCGUGUCGCUUGCACUUGUCCGAAUUGUAGAGAAGGUGAAGGAAGGACGGCGGAUGGCCGAAAGCAGCAUAUUUGUCAUAUUCCCGGCUGCGGUAAAGUUUAUGGGAAGACGUCGCAUUUGCGAGCACACCUUCGCUGGCAUACGGGCGAGCGGCCAUUUGUAUGUAAUUGGCUGUUUUGCGGGAAAAGAUUCACACGCUCCGACGAAUUACAGCGGCAUCGGAGAACUCACACGGGAGAAAAACGAUUUGCUUGUACGGAAUGUGGGAAGAGGUUUAUGAGAAGUGAUCAUUUGUCGAAACAUGUGAGGACACAUUCGAACGGAAAGGCUGUGAAAAGCAACACAGUAGUGCAGGGUGCGGAACCCAUUGCAAUUCGGCCGAUUCCUCGUCAAGAACUUCAAGAUAUUUCAACCAUCGAAGCAAGGCCGGAAGAGAUUAAAACUAGUGAAAGCGACCGCUCGGCGGUUGUUGGAGUAGAUCUACCUGGUGUUGCGGUUGCUGUUGAACAGAAUCAAUUGUCUGAAAAUGAAUAUUUUACCGGCGAUGCUACCGAACAUUAUUUGAGUGAUAUGAGCGUCGCGCACGAAUUUGUUGCAGUCCGAAUGGACGGAACACAAGGUACAGCUAUUUUAGUUGCGCAGAAUAUUAACAUGGCCCCACAAGGUGUUUAGUGGUGAACGAAGGAAGUAAACAAAUUAUAUUCUGUUUUGAAAGACGUUGACUUUUCAAGAACACAACGGCACAUUUUCUGUUGGUGUUUUGUUUCUUAAUUUGAGCGAUUGUGGCAGUACACAUUUUUGUACAGGUUUACAGAAAAACACAAAAAAAUACAUCUUGCUUUGAUCGGGUUUAUUGAAGCGGUAUUCUACGGUUUGCUGAAGUUCGUGGAUAUGUUAAUCAUGUUGGGACACAGCCAACUGUGGUUGUAUACACAUUUAUUCACACAAUUUAUAUGUAUAUGGUUCAAGCAAAGCAAUCAUUUAGUAUUGUUCUUCAUACGUAAAUUUUGACCACUAGGGGGCUGGAUCUUGUUCUUUUUAAAUUAUUUCAGUAAAUGGUGUAAAAUUCGUAUUUACAAACAUUGAAGCACUAGAAGAAGGACUUUUUUUUGUAUAGUUUUGUGUAUCAGAGGGUUUUUAGUCUUUUUAUUCUGUUUCAAUUUCGUGGUUUUGUUAGAGGUUAGAUCACUUAAAAGAGGGUUUUUUUUGCAUAAAUGUAUGAGAUCUUUUUUAUACCAAUAUUCAGCUCUAUAUCUCAGCAAUGUUACCAAGAUUGUCAGAAUUGUGGAUACAGAGUACAUAUUGAAAAAUAAAUAAGAUAUUAAUUUUAGGGCCAAAGCUCUCAGAAAUGGUUUAGGGGGCUAAUCUGGUCGCAUUUGAUCUUUUUAAAACAAUAUUUACAAACUCGUGUAUAUCUUUCUGGAGACUGAACAUAUAUAAAAAUAAAGCAUAGUUUCCAUA